AUGUCUGCAACUCAAUUCUUUGAACAACAAGAUGGGACAAAAAUUGCAUACAAAAUUCUCAAGUCUGAAAAUGCUAAAAGUGAGGUUCCUCUUGUAUUAAUCGCGGGAAUGGGUCUACUUAAAGAGUUUUAUUAUGGCUUUGAAGAAGGUUAG